GUUUUACUUAUAGGUUAUUUUGAUUACUACAUUUUGUAAUAUUUGUUAUAGAAUAAAAGACACAAGUAUAAUUUCAUAUUUGUUUUAAUACACUAACCACAAUGUUAUUUUUGCAAAAUGGAAAGCGACUUUUGAGAUACGUCCGGGCAUCAUAUAAAUGUCGGUGCAAAUCAAAUGCACCACUUAGCACUUUAAAAAAUAAGUUAAAAGAAGGUCCUGGAUUAAAAGAAUUUAUUGUAAAUUCAAGUGAAGUUCCGGAAGUGCUUACACAUCCACCUCAUAUACCAUAUUUGCCGGAUAACAUUCAGAAUACUUCAAAACGAAGGGUUUAUUUUGAUGUUUACGGUUGUCAAAUGAAUUUGAACGACACUGAAAUCGUCUGGUCUAUAUUAAAAAAUGAAGGAUUUGAGAAGACUGAAGUAGAAGAGGAAGCGGAUAUAUUCCUAGUUAUGACUUGUGCGAUCAGAGAGGGAGCUGAGAAUAAGAUAUGGCACCGCUUAGACCAUUUGAGGGGUUUCAAGAACAGACGUGCCUUAUCAAAAAAUCGAAACAAUCCUGUGAAGAUUGGGAUUCUGGGUUGUAUGGCAGAGAGAUUGAAGGAGAAGUUAAUUGAAAAAGAAAAGGCUGUGGAUGUGGUCGCCGGACCAGACAGUUACAGAGAUCUACCACGCUUAUUAGCAUUGACUGAGAGCGGACAAACAGCAGUCAAUGUGCUCUUGUCAUUAGAUGAAACCUAUGCAGAUGUUGUACCCGUUAGAUUGAAUCAAGAUAACAUUUCUGCUUUUAUCUCAAUAAUGCGCGGCUGUGACAAUAUGUGCACGUACUGCAUCGUGCCGUUCACUCGCGGCCGGGAACGUUCGCGUCCGGUGUCCUCUAUAGUGGACGAAGUGCGGCAUCUCUCCGAGAGUGGAGUGAAGGAGGUCACCCUACUGGGACAGAAUGUGAACAGUUACAGGGACGUCACUCAACCUACUGAGAAAUUUGAUACUCACUUAGCUGAAGGGUUCAAAACAGUGUAUAAACACAAGAAAGGUGGGCUCAGGUUUGCGGAUUUAUUAGAUAAAGUGUCUUCCGUUGAUCCAGAAAUGAGAAUAAGAUUUACCGCCGCACAUCCCAAAGAUUUUCCCGAUGAGGUGCUGCGGGUGGUGCGCGAGCGCGCCAACGUGUGCAAGAGCGUGCACCUGCCGGCGCAGUCGGGCAGCAGCGCGGUGCUGGCGCGCAUGCGGCGCGGCUACGGGCGCGACGCCUACCUGCGCCUCGUGCAGCGCGUGCGCGCCGCCAUCCCCGGCGUCGGCUUGUCCACGGACAUGAUCUGCGGGUUCUGCGGCGAGACGGACGAAGAGUUCGAAGAAACGCUCUCCUUGAUGGACAUUGUCGAAUACAACGUCGCGUUCCUUUUCCCUUACAGCAUGAGAGAGAAAACAACAGCGUAUCGGCGUUAUAAAGACGACGUACCGGAGUCGGUAAAAAAAGAGAGACACAGUCGAAUGAUUGAACUAUACAGGCGGAAAUGUCAAAAAUUGAACGACGCGGAAAUAGGAAACGUUCACCUAGUUUUAGUUGAAGGCGUUGUACCAAAAACAGGGCAGAUAAUGGGUAGGAAUGAAUUCUACAUAAAAGUGGUGUUCGAUCAGACCGAAAUACCCUCGGAGGAAGGCAUGAGGCGUGCGAAGCCUGGGGACUACGUCGGGGUCAGAAUCGUUUCAGCGAGGUGUUCGGUUCUAACAGGCGUGCCCCUUUAUCACACGACUAUUAGGGAGUUUUAUAAGGAAUACAGUUGGGGGGAGAGAGCUGCUUUAAGAAUAUAAUAUACAUUAUAUUUUAUUGUUUCCUAAAUCAAUAUUUUGUAAAUAUUUUUAUUGAACUGUAAAUAAAUAAUUUAGAGCAACAA